AUGCUGUGUGUGGACUUUGACGAUGCACGUAAGCGCCACCACAAGCAGACACUUAAACUGAAAUUUGAGGAAGCUUUUCGGAAUUUGGCACCGAACCCAGUUGCAUCAAAUCCGAAAGUAGCACACCUUUGUUUCGAAAUUGACGACGACAAAGAGAAGGUUGUUGAAUCGGCUAUCUCGAAGGUUAAAGGUAAAGAUGAAACGUUUCUCAUGCUCCCGUUCGAAGUCCAUUUCAAGGAUAACAUAUCUUUGGGUGUAAAUGCUGGUGGCCCCAUGAAGGAAUUCUUUUCCCGACUGUUCGAAGAGCUCUUCAAUGUUGAGAAGCAUUCCAUCUUCAAGAAACUCAACGAUUCUCCUUCGUGUACGACAUUGUGGUUUAACAAGGAUUCUAAGGACCUGGACAAAUUGCGAGCAGUCGGGAAGCUGUUCGCUCUGAUGUUCUACAACAAGGUCAUCGUCACGAUGCCGUUUCCUCUUCUUUUCUACAAGAAACUGCUUGGAAAUAGGUACACACCCAAUCAACAAUCUUUAAUUUAA